UAAACAAACGCUUCAUCAAAAUCACCAUGCAAACUCCCUCCACUACUACUACUACCAUUGAUGUGGGUACCAGUGCUACUUCUUUCUUAGAAGCUGAUGAAGAUCAAGAUGAAGAGUCCAUUUUUCUUUCUCUUGGUCCUCCUGGACAGGGUGUCCCCAAACAGUACCACCUCAUCUAUCACCAGUCUUCUUCCUCAACCCAACCUCCUCCUCAUCAUCACCAUCAUCAUCAAGAUCAAAACCCUAAUACUGAUCAUCUUGAGGAUGGUGCUGUCACAGUAGCUCUUCAUAUUGGGCCACCAAGUACUGGUAGUACAAUUAGUUCAUCAAUUGGAAACCCUAACCACAACCACAUUGGUGCUCCUAUAGAAGGCCAGUACUGGAUUCCCUCCCCUGCACAAAUCCUUGUUGGCCCCACCCAGUUCUCCUGCCCUGUCUGCAGCAAAACAUUCAACAGAUACAACAACAUGCAGAUGCAUAUGUGGGGGCAUGGAUCACAAUAUAGGAAGGGGCCAGAAUCCUUAAGAGGGACAAAGCCAGCUUCAUCAGUGCUGAGACUUCCAUGCUACUGCUGCGCAGAGGGGUGCAAGAACAACAUAGAGCACCCAAGGUCAAGGCCACUCAAAGACUUCAGGACACUGCAGACACAUUACAAAAGAAAACAUGGGUCAAAGCCAUUUGGGUGCCGCAAAUGUGGGAAGCCAUUUGCGGUGAGAGGAGAUUGGAGGACUCACGAGAAGAACUGCGGCAAGCUCUGGUUUUGCAUUUGUGGGUCUGAUUUCAAGCACAAGAGGUCGCUCAAAGACCAUGUUCGUGCAUUUGGGGAUGGCCACGCACCCUAUGGUGUUGAGUUGUGUACUGAGCCUGAAGAAGAAGAUCAUCUGGAUGAUGAAGAUGAGGAUGAUGAUUAAAUAACUCUGCUUUAUUUGUUUAAGGGUAAUUAAUUAGUAAGUACACUUGGAGUUCGAUUUUUAGCUAACUAGCUAGCUAGCUAGCUGUAAUUAAUUAAUUAGAUUUAGUUAGUAGCGAUGAGAUUCUGUCUCUGUCUCUUCUCUCUUAUGUGUGUGUGAGAGACAGUGAGAGAGUGAGGGAGUGAGAAGAUGAAGACAAACAGUACAAUGAA